AUGAAGAAAAAAGAUUUGAAGCAAAGAGGUCUUGGCAACAAACCAAAUGCCGCUCAACCAGUUGAAACAGAAGAUACUGGAAAUAUGUGGUCGCUGGGUGCAAUCGGCCUUCAAAAUCCUCGCUCCCUUCUCCGUCUAAUAUUGUGGAACAAUGUCACGCACUUAGGAUUUAAAAACAGCAUGACUGUCAUCUAAGUGAUUUCACCGUGACAGAGCAGUAUAUCGAGGAUAAAGAGCGACAAACCAAGAACCGCCAUGGAGACGACCCGACUGCGACAAAACGA